UGUUUUCUCAUUGCCUCUCUCUCUCUCUCUCUCUCUCUCUUGAAUUUCUUUCUUGCGAAACUACUCCCCAUUUCUCUGCAGUUUUCCAAAUCCCACACUGCGAAUUCUCGUCCACUUCCCCUAUUCAAAGGCUGCAAUGAUGCGCCCAUCUGAAGCCUCCCAAGAAAUCAAUCCUCCAAAAGAACCCAAACUCCCCCACCCUCUCCACCAAAUCGCUGAGAGUCCGACCCACAAGCUCCUCCUUAAGCAAUGGCUCAAAGAAGAGGAGCUCAUCAUUCGCCGAAUCGCCCUCAAAGAAACCCGAAUUGAUGCCACCCGCAAGGAAAUAACUCAGCUAUAUUGCUUCUUCUUCCUCUUUCACUCGACAGUCCUCCUCCUCCUCUACUCUGCCGCCACGCGGGACCCACAUGGGGCCUGCCGCCGAUCCUGGAUCCCAUCCAUCUGUUCUGUCGUCUGUUCGCUUGCGAUCAUCUGGGCCAUCAGGUACAAAACGGAUGUCGAGUGCCAUAUAGAGAAGCUUCUUCAGAGGGAGAAAGAGGACGGGAAGCUUCUGAUGAAAUGCGUGGAGGAGUUGAAGAAGAAAGGGGUGGAAUUCGAUCUGUUGAAGGAGGUCGAUGCGCUGAGGAGAGCCAAGAGUCUGAGGGUCGAAGUCAAGGCCGUUAAGAAAUGGUCAGCCAGUGACUUUGUCACUCUCUUCUUCAUCGCAGCUUCUUGCCUUGCUUUGGGUCUUACGAGGGUGGUACUCUGCUAUUAGAGGAGUAUUGAUUCUUCCACAUAUGGGGGGAGGUUUUUUGGGUGUCGGGAAGGGAAGAUUAUUGCAGAAUAUUUUGUUCUGCUUUCUUUUUUCUUUUUCUAACCAUUUGAAAUCAUGAAGAAAUCUUGAAUAAAUUUCAAUA